ACCGGUUUACUCCUCAUCCCGCGACCGCGACAACCUACGGGUCUUCAUCAACGGGGUGGUUGAUCAGCACUCAAAGCUCAAAGUCUCUCACUCACGAAAGGCUACAUCCCACGAGGAGAUCUUGUUACAACGCAGCGAGGCACAAAGAUCAGUUGUCUUCGAAACGCCAGGUUUUGAGUUUUACGAAGUCUUGAAGGCGCAGCCCAUUACCUGACGAUCAAUCUCGACGACCUGCUGGACAACCCACUGUGCUCUCUGGCUGUAGCCUCCUGGUUGCGCGACACUUCUGCUUGGUAGCUCUCUACGCCCGAUUCUUGUUCGAGCGUGGAGCGCCUCGUCCUGCGUGAUUGCCUUUAUCUCUUUGCGCGGCAUCCUGCGCUCUCAUGUCCACACAUGAAGGGAAGCAACCCGUCCAAGAAGCCAAAUGCUGCGGCGUUGUGGAAGAGGCGGCCAUGCGCUCUAGGGAGCGACGCGAGAAGCGGAAACGGAAGCCGAUGCCAUGGAUCCUGCUCAAGCUCACCGUCGUGGUGACAGCCGGCAUUAUCGCCUACGCGUUUUACGUGUACAUCGGCAGGCUGUGCGUACCUUUGAUUCGGAGGGAUUCCGGCGCAAUAGGUGGUCGUGCGACAGGGAUCGGAUUCCUCGUUGUAUUCUGCGUGCUUGGACUCAUGAUGAUAUGGGCAUAUGAGAAGAUCGUCUUCACAUCGCCGGGUCUGGCAAAGGAGCAUGUCCAAAAGUCCCCACCACCUGAGGUUAACAAUGCUGUCCCCUCAUGGUGGGAUUCAACACGGGACCUCGCAGGUACACCUUACCAAUAUGUACCACCGCCGGAUGCGAAUGGAGCCGCCCCAGCAUCAGCCGGGCUUCAUGGGCAUAGUGGACCCGCGCCUCCUAGGGAUGUCAAUUACGACGAUAACGCCGGCAUGUUGGAUGCGAUCCCACCGGUUACUGAGGCGCGCACCGCGCAGCCCAAUGGUUCAGGCAAACCCUUACCCUCAGCGCCAAACGGCAGCAGCCCCCGUGCUCAGCUACCGAUGAUGUAUACGCGCAAGCCGUCUGCCACCCCCCUUCUGCGUCCAGAACAUCGGUACUGUUACAAGGAUGGCUUCCUCAAGCCUCCAAGGGCGCACCACUGUCGUGCCUGUGGUACCUGUGUCUUGCGAUAUGAUCACCACUGUCCAUGGAUAGGACAGUGUGUGGGAGCGCGCAAUCACAAGUUCUUUGUUAUCUUCCUCGAAUGGACGUGGCUAUUCUGCGUCUGGACAUUCGCGACGCUGACUGCGAAUGUCAUUCGAUCGGGGACGAGAGGCGACGAUAUCGACCCUGAAAUGAUUGUCAUCAUCGUUCUGUCUGGACUCUUCGCAUUCUUUACGGCAGCGCUGCUGGGGACACAUGUCAAUCUCAUCGUGCACAAUCAGACGACGGUCGAGACCAUGAACUCGCAGCGCAUGAAGGAGCGCGAGAAGGGUGUGCUCGCGCGCAUGCACGCGUGGUACGAGUUUGGCGCGAAGCGCCGGACUCGGAAGCAAUGGGACGAGGAAUGGGGCCGGAUAGGCUGCGAGGGGAAUCUGUGGUGGCUCGGGAGCUACCGGGCGAACUGGGAGGCCGUGAUGGGACAUCACGUCUGGGAGUGGUUCCUACCGAUCGGGCGGAGUCCCCUUGAUGGCCUCUCGUAUCCGGAGAACCCUCGGUUUGAUGCUGAGGGCCGUUGGCGGCCGCGGAGCGAGUGGCUGCCGGAGCUGCGAUAG